AUGAAUGUGCACACAACAGCAGAGGAGCUCUUCACCACCAGAUUGCCGCACGGCCGGAUCUCUGCGACGUUUUGGUCGUCCCCGCAGCUUUCUGCAGGCGUUGGAGUUGUAAUGGAGGCGCUUUAUCCCAUGAAGACCUAUCGGAGAUCCCGGUCUCGACGAAAGAAGUCCAUUACCAAGAUCGGGAGCAUAGUCACCUGCAAAACAACCGCUGGAUCUGUUAAGUCUGAGUCUGAGGUUGACGCUGAGCUUGUGGUCUCUGGCAUCUAUGUCAACGAUAGCAAUGGUGAUAGUAAUAAUAGUAGUGAGCCUGUUCAGGGGAGCAGUGGUGCAGAGGUUGGAUCUCUUGUUUCAUUUACCGCUGUCUCAACAACUAUAAGAAACAAUGCUACUUCACUCUUGAAUGAGGGAACAAAGCAGGCUGGCACAGCAACUAUGUCAGUAUCAGCACAUUCAGUGUUGGUUUGUUCUGCAGAGCAACCCACAAAACAAUCUGUUGAUGCCAACACCUCUUCCUCUACAACACACACCUCAAAGACUGUCCCUCUCAUAUCCUCAACUUCUUCUACCGUUAACAAAGCAGGGAUUCCAACUAUUUGUCUCUCACCUCCUCCUGUCACGAAGACCGACUCCAACAUUUGGUUCCGUUCGAGGUCACCUGCUGCAGAGAUUGCUGCAGCCAACACAGCGAUCUUCCAACAGGCGCGUCAAAACAAUUUCAGUUCUGAAAAUACAUCGCGUGGCUUGCCUUCCGCUCAGACCCAUUCUCGGACAUCAAAGUCAAGGAAGUCAAGCUCAGAAUCUGACGAUAUUAGCAGCCUUCUUUCCUCGAGACCUGUCUCCUUAGGAUCACUCGUUGUUCGAACUCAUAACAGAAACAAAGGUUCGAAACCGUGGAUACCGUUUAGUGUUGAAGAGCUGGACGAGGCCCCUUCUGAAAUGCCUCGACGCCAACACAACAAUAUCCCAAGGGGACCGGUUGGAUAUUAUCAUGCCAGUGCCGUAAUGGGCCACCACCCAUACCGAAAUUCCCCAAUGAUGCAUCCAGCGACAAACUAUUACGCCUACUCUCAUACUUCGCCCAAUCGCGUCCCUUACUGGUCUCGAGGAAGAGGCCAACAGCUGCAUCAGGGGCAUCAGGGGCCUAUGGGCACUCUCGGACACUCUUCACAAAAUUAUCUUCAGGACUAUCAACAGGACUAUCAACAACCCUUAAGUGCCAAUGUCCCUCACCAUGAUUCUCGACCUUCAGUGAUACCUCCUAUCAGAGAACCUCCCAUGCUUCCGAUGGAAUUUGUCACUCCAGAAGCUGGCCCGCGCGUGAUGGUGCCUGAGGAUAUGACACCUACAAAACACGAAGAAAAGCAGUCUUUGAGGGCUCUACAGUACAAUAUGACAGAGGCAAACGACCUCCAGGCUGGUGAUUGCACCCCUAACCCCAUGUGUAACCCUUUCAAAGAAGCCCAAAGCAACCCCCAGACGCCCCUUGGAUCAGGUAACGGGUACUACCAAGAGAUUGCAGGCCCUGGAACUAUAUAUGACCAGGAAAACUAUCACAUCGAUCAUAGCUAUGUCAUGCUGUCACCAUCCAUGAUUAGAGAAAACGGCAACAUUCAUUACCCUGCGGACGGCCCUGGCCCAACCCAGUACUCCUCCAUUGCCGCCAUGUAUUCUGAAACAGCGAUUGUAGGUACGGCGGUAGAAAAGUUUCGAGAGAAAAGGGAGAUGAUGAUUGCUUCGACUUCACAAUCAUCCCAGUCACCAACUUCUGUUAGGCCACCAGUUUCCCGUCAAAUUCCAGGAAAUAUCACCCCUCCACGCUUGGAUUAUAGGGGACGACCAGACGCGAAUCUAUCUGAAAUCGCUCGAUAUCUGGAAAAUAUGCCAGCGGAUUCUCAAUAUACGCGCACAUGGAAUCCCGUUCGAAAUUCGUAUGAGGUCAACGGUAGAGUCGUUAAUGAUACCUCACCGCUUCCCCCAAAAUUCCGACAAAUCUCCCAAGUUACCCUCCGCCAAGAUGCGGCUCCAACAAAAGGCGAAGCAACACCUCAAGCCCAGCGUACGCCUAAUGAUGGACAGCAACAAGGAGAUUUGGAGGAACUCUUCCUCGCGUCAACCUCCAUGCCCUUAAUAUAUACCUCUCCCCAUGGUCUGACGAAAGUGAGCUCGGCAUUUGCAGUAGCAUUUGGAGACGCAGUCGGAAAUGAUAGACCGUUCACCAAAACAACUACUUCACAACGAUCAAGGUUCAACUUCAAGUUCGCCCCUCCGGGGUUACCAAUCCCGCCAGGACUACAACAGUUUCCUUGUUACAAAACUCCGUCUGAACGGGAAUAUCCCGUAUCGAGACUCGUCCAGUCCAAUAUCUGGUUCCACACUGAUAAACGCGGAGAAGAUAUUUUCCGCGAGCGUAUUGUUGAGAUGGCACGGGAAGAGGCUGAACACCAGGAAGCUGCGAAGAUUCCACUUCGUCUUGGUGAACGGCCGGGUAUGGCUGAAGCGGGAACUGUUGUCGUUGGAAACGUCCUUGCCAAUCUACAUGCCUACACUCUGGAUGGCUCGAAUCAGGAGAAGGGUUUUGCGAACUUUAGGUCUGCACCCGAACACUGCUAUGAGCAUACGCAUGAUGGUUCCCGGAGUUUCUUUGAUAGCGAUCCUCUCACUGGCGUGCAGAGAUUGCCCACUCCCUACCACCUUUUGCCGAAGGAUUUGCUUUUUGCUAAUGAGGAGGCGAGGGGUUAG